AUGGGUAACUUGAAAUCUACCGGAGCGUUCAGUGAUGAAUCGAAAUAUAAAUACGAAGCACCCGGACCAAAUGACUCGCGUUCAUCAUGUCCUGCAUUGAACACUCUUGCCAAUCAUGGUUACUUGCCACGAGAUGGCAAUAACAUUACGCCCGAAGUUCUGCAGCGUGCAGCGCAGGAGAAAAUCGGUUUGAGUUGGUUGACUGCGAAAAUUAUUAUUCGUCAAGCCUACAAGACUGUGGGCAAGAAUGGUGUGCUCUCACUUUCCGAUCUGUCUUACCAUGCACCCGAAAGUAUGGAACAUGAUGGGUCGCUUAGUAGAGUUGAUGCAGCUCUAUCGAACAAUCAACAAGGCAAAUUUAAUCAAGAGCGUUUCAACAAACUUGUAUCGUUUUCCAAAGAUGGAGAAUUCUUAACUACGGAAGAUGUGGCUGCUGCACGCUUAUAUUUCAAAGCAGACAGCCAAGCAAACAAUCCGCAAUACUUGUGGAACAAUGAUGCUGAGGCGGCAAUAUGGACAGAAGCCUCUAUUCUCCUACACAUCUUAGUCAAACGCGGACGAAUCAGUAUCGAGGAUGCAAAAUUAUUUUUCGAAGAAGAAACAUUUCCUCAUGGUUGGCAAAAGUACCCUUCGUUUGGUGUGCUUGAAUUGCGAUCAGCUACGAAAGCGUUGAAAAAUGCAGCACGUGAAUUAGAAGAACGCCAAUAA